GCCGACGAGGGAGAUGGCGAAGAAGGGGAAGGACGCCGCCGACCCUGACGCUUCGGCGGCGGCCGUCCGCUCCCUCUUCUCCGCCGACAACCCCUUCCGCCGCAAGGAGUCCCUUCCCGAGGACGCCCCUCCCGCUGCCCCCGCCGCCACCCCCGCGACGCCCGCGAAGCCAGUGCGCAAGCACCCGAAGCUCCCCGCGGCCGAGGCCGAGGCCGCGGAGCCGUCGCGGAAGGAGAAGCGGGACGAGGGGGCGCCGCCGCGGUCGCCUCCGCGGCGGAAGCGGAAGCGGGACGAGGUCGAGGCGGGGUACGAGCGGCGGAAGCUCGGCGCCCCCGCGGAGGAGGAGCCCGCGCCGCCGCGGCCGGUGGUCGGGAAGAAGAGGAAGGCGCCAGACGAUGUUGCGGUGGCGGCGGCCGGGGGCGCUGGGGACGAGGAGGCGGACGAGGCGUUCGACGACGAGGGCAAGCUGCUCAGGACGGUGUUCGUGGGGAACCUGCCGCUGCGGACCAAGAAGAAGGCGCUCACCAAGGAGUUCGCGCCCUUCGGCGAGGUCGAGUCCGUCAGGAUCCGCUCCGUGCCCCUCACCGACACCAAGAUUCCGAGGAAAGGAGCAGUCAUUAAAGGGAAGCUCAAUGAUUCCGCCGACAAUGUACAUGCCUACAUCGUCUUCAAAGAUGAGCAGAGUGCACGGGCAGCUUUAUCUCAUAAUAUGGCACUGUUCAAUGGCAAUCACCUGCGUGUUGAUAUGGCAUGCCCGCCUCGUAAAAAGCUUAGAGGAGAAGGACCUCUCUAUGACAGAAAGCGAACAGUGUUUGUUGGUAACCUUCCAUUUGAUGUUAAGGAUGAAGAGCUGUACCAACUGUUCUGCGGUCCCAGUGGACCACAAGGUGAUGUUGAGGCUAUACGUGUUGUUAGGGAUCCAGAUUCAAGCCUAGGAAAGGGCAUUGCUUAUGUUUUAUUCAAAACAAGGGAAGCUGCUAAUGGUGUUGUCAGAAAACGCAGUCUCAAGAUCAGAGAUCGUCUUUUGAGGCUUACCCAUGCAAAAGCAGCCGACGCGACACCAAAGAAGGCAGAUGCCGGGAAAACACGUGGCGGUCCAAGACAGAAGACACCCUCUACACCAGGCAGCAACUCCCGUGAAGGCAGCGACAGAAACAAGCGGAAGGAACCGCCAAGCCUGUCAUACCAGGGCCUGAAAUCCACCAAAUCCGGCGUCGUGAAGAAGGCGAAAGUGAUCCGGCGCCCCAGCAAUCAAGGGAAGCAGCAAGGCAGGCCUAGCGAGACGGGGCAGAGCGAGAGUUCCCGCAAAUCCAAGCGGCCUGCUGUGGCAGCCAGGAAAGCGAAGCAGCUGACCAAGAAACGCAAGCUGGAUGGUUCGACGCCCGAGAACACGCACCGGAGCAAGAAGGCUAGGAAGUAGCCGUUUCCUACAAUACAUCAUCAAAUUUUGGACAAGAUGAGAUCCUGAUAGUGUCGGCCUCAAGUUAAUCUUGGAAAUGUAACGCUGGAAUGAGUCCUUUGUAGUAGCAAUGUGGUUCUUGCCUUUAAGUUGGCCCCUCUGGCCUUUCUGUACUAAUGUCAAAAUGAUGCUUAUGUCUGUAAGAUCAUGUACUUGACAUCAUUUUGCCUUGCUUGCUCCCUAUGUAAACCCGGUUGGUCCCAUGCCACCAAUCAAUGAAACUAUAUAUGGUUAACA